CGGACCCGGACCAACUUCACGUCCUGGCAGCUGCAGGAGCUGGAAGAUUCCUUCAUCGACAGCCACUAUCCCGAUGUUUUUAUGAGGGAAUCUCUGGCCGUUAGACUGGAUUUGGCUGAAUCCAGGAUACAGGUUUGGUUCCAAAACAGGCGAGCUAAAUGGCGAAAACGUGAGAAUACAAAAAAAGGCCCGGGCAGACCGGCCCACAAUUGCCACCCCCAGACCUGCAGUGGGGACCCUAUACCUCUAGAAGAACUCAAGAAGAAGGAGCAAGAUAAAUUAGAGAAGAAGAGGAGAAAACAAGAAGAGAGG